AUGUCGCGCUCCUUCUAUGUCGACUCGCUCAUCAUCAAGGACUCCUCACGACCCGCGCCCUCGCUGCCUGAGCCGCACCCGGGGCCAGAUUUCUUCAUCCCGCUGGGCAUGCCGUCCCCGUUGGUGAUGUCCAUGUCCGGGCCCGGCUGCGCGUCCCGCAAGAGCGGCGCGUUCUGCGUGUGCCCGCUCUGCGUCACUUCGCACCUGCACUCCUCUCGGGGGCCGGGGGGCUCCGGCGGCGGGGGCGCAGGGACAGGGAGUCCCGGGGCCGGCAGUGGCGGGGCGGCGGGGGGCUCCGGGGCCUUGCCCCUGCUCAAGAGUCAGUUCUCUUCGGGUCCCGGGGACGCGCAGUUUUGCCCGCGCGUGAGCCACUCGCACCAUCACCACCACCCGCCGCAGCACCACCAUCACCACCACCAGCCCCAACAGCCCGGCUCGGCGGCGGCCGCGGCGGCCGCGGCAGCAGCGGCAGCGGCCGCAGCGGCCUUGGGGCACACGCAGCACCACGCACCUGUCUGCGCCGCCACCACCUACAACGUGGCGGACCCGCGGAGAUUCCACUGCCUCACCAUGGGGGGCCCGGACGUCAGCCAGGUGCCCAACGGCAAGAGGAUGAGGACGGCGUUCACCAGCACGCAGCUCCUGGAGCUGGAGCGGGAAUUCUCUUCCAACAUGUAUCUGUCUCGACUCCGGAGGAUCGAAAUCGCCACGUACCUGAACCUGUCGGAGAAGCAGGUGAAAAUCUGGUUCCAGAACCGCCGGGUGAAGCAUAAGAAGGAAGGGAAGGGCACGCAGAGGAACAGUCACGCGGGCUGCAAGUGCGUCGGCAGCCAAGCGCACUACGCGCGCUCCGAGGACGAGGACUCCCUGUCGCCGGCCUCGGCCACCGAGGACAAGGAGAUUUCCCCCUUGUGA